AUGGCUGCGGAACUCAGCUCAACAAAGCUUAAUGCUGAGAGUCACCUUCUCUUAGACCAACCACUCCUUCGUCUUCCUCAUGAGCUGGCACGACGGAAUUUCAAGACGGUACAGCGGGUUGUCGAGCGCGAGAAGGAAUACAUCCUACCAGAGCUUAAAAAGGUAGCCAAUGGCUCCCUCACUGGAACCCAAACUACGGAGCAGACUCUCGCAUCUCUUGAUGCCAUGAUUCGCCGCAUGCAAGGCUUGAAAAGGAAGAUGGAGAGUCUACAGGAAGAGGAGAAAAAGAUCCAGAGUCAGUCGAGGAAGCGUAUUCAGCAUCUACAGGAUCUUUAUAAGAUACAGAGUUUGUCGGAUGUGAAAUACGACGAAUGGUCGAGAACACGGCUAAAUCGAUUGCUGGUGGACCAUAUGCUCCGUUCUGGUUUCUCGGAAAGUGCGAAGCAGCUGGCACAAGAGAAAGGGAUCGAGGAUCUUGUGGACAUCGAUACCUUUGUUCAGUGUCAGCGGAUCGCGGAGAGCCUGCGUCGUGGGGAGGCAAAAGAGGCGCUGCAAUGGUGCGGGGAAAACAAAGCAGCUUUAAAGAAGAGCCAGCAUAAUUUGGAGUUCGAACUACGACUACAACAGUACAUCGAGAUGGUCAGGACGGGCCAGAGAGAGAAGUUGCUUGAAGCAAUGCAACAUGCAAAGAAAUAUCUAUCGCCCCAUAUGGAAACCCAGGCUCAGGAAAUCCACCGAGCUGCGGGUCUACUGGCUUUCUCCAAGGACACGGAUGUAGAGCCUUACAAAUCCAUGUAUUCACCAGAACGCUGGAAUUAUCUGUCUGAUCUUUUUGUUCGCACCCAUCAUGAACUUCUAUCCCUACCGCCCCGCCCUCUUUUGCACAUUGCCCUUUCCGCCGGCCUGUCUGCCCUCAAGACACCUUCCUGCCACUCGGCUUAUGCUUCCUCGAGCUCGAAUUCAAUGUCAGCGACCACCUCGGUUUGCCCGAUCUGCUCCACCGAGCUAAAUGAGCUGGCCCGUAGCGUGCCGUACGCUCACCACACGAAGAGUUCGGUGGAGAGUGAUCCAAUGAUUCUGCCAAACGGGAGAAUCUAUGGACGGGAGCGGCUAUUAGAAAUGAGCAGGAAGGCUGGAUUGGAAGAAGGCAAGGUAAAAGAUCCAACAACGGGCGAAGUGUUUGACGAGCGGGAGAUAAAGAAGGUCUAUAUCAUGUAG